AAAAACUAUCAACCACACUCCAUUGCAACUUAUACUCUGAUACCUACCAUUGACACAUCCUCCAAUCCAUCCACACAACAUCGUAAGUCCUCUACCCCUCCCGUGAAUCUGGAUUCCAACUUAGAACCGGUUGCUUCGCAGAGCAAAAAUGUCCGCCCAAAACUCCGGCCGUCAGUCCCCUCCUCCUGAAACCCAGUCCGGCGCCCAGCAGCAGGAUCCCCCUCGGCGGGAAAGACCCAGCCCGAGCUUCGUGGCGACCCGCAGCAUUCGCAGCCUGGAGAGUAACCCCAAGCAUCCGCUCGAGGAUAUUGAGGCGGCAAAGUACUCGAAGGUACAUUGA